AUGCUCGAUCUUAAAUGUACAAAUACUGCCACUCAGAGUGAUUAUGUCCUUAUGCUUAAUGUGAAGCAUGUGAAAAGUGCUGGUUGGACUCCCCUACAUAUUGCCGCUUCGGCAGGCCGUGAUGAAAUCGUGAAAGCCCUCAUUGACAAGGGUGCUCAUGUGAAUGCUGUCAAUCAGAAUGGCUGUACGCCCCUGCAUUAUGCAGCCUCCAAAAACAAGCAGGAGAUUGCAAUCAUGCUUUUAGAAAAUGGAGCUGAUCCAGAUGCAACAGAUCAUUUUGAGUCCACGCCAUUACACAGAGCAGCAGCCAAAGGAAAUCUAAAGAUGAUACAGAUUCUUCUGCGGCACAAUGCUUCUGUUAAUAUACAGGACUCUGAAGGAAAUACUCCUCUUCACUUAGCCUGCGAUGAAGAAAGAGUGGAUGAGGCAAAGCUGCUGGUGUCUCACGGUGCAAGUAUUCACGUUGAGAAUAAAGAAGAAUUGACCCCACUGAAAGUGGCAAAAGGUGGCCUGGGAGCCAUACUUAAAAGAAUGGUGGAAGGCUAGUGGGACUUUUGACUUGACCCUCUUUCCUGUUGCACUUGUACCGAAGGCUGCAAAAUUCAUGUUUUCAGUGUUCGACUAUGGAUGUCAUAUAUGAGCAUCACCAUGAUAAUAAAAUGCAUACCUUGAUUUCCUUCAACUAUGCUGCCCAAACAGCCAUUUGUACUUUCUCUGAGUUAAACAGAUCACUGCUUUUAAAGUAUUUUUCAAUAUCUUGCAGUUUUCUUUGUUUACAGUGUGAUCUGUAUAAAUUAGGUCAUUCCUUCUAUUUUCAGAGCCUCGUGUAGGAUUGGGUCUUUCAAGUAACAGGACCAAAAAUGCUUUAACCUUUUAAAAUUAGCUUUAUUUUGGAAGCCUGUCCUAGAGUCAACUUUACUUUUCUGUAACCUCUGUUCUUGCUUGUGUUUUUGUAGGUACUGAUUCUCUUCCUUCAGAUGGUUCUAAAUUACUCCUCUCCCUUUAUAGUAUGUAGUUUGCUCAGGUGCUUGUAGUUGUACCCAUUUUUACUCUUGUCAGUCUUUUAGACUCAGCUCUGAGUCUUUUACACUUUUCUCUUGUUAUCCCUUCUUAUCCCGAUUCUUUGAGUCUUUAAAUAUAUUCAUUUAAUGGAGCAGUCUAAACUGCCUGCAGAAUGCAGAUGCAGUUUCAGUUACCUCUGCAAAGAUACUAUUGUAUAAUUAUAUGCUAUGGAAACUUUUCAGAAGUAUGUUUUGCAUCCUAUUUUAUUUCCUGUUAUUCUUUCUAUAAAUAUCUCUUUCAUUGCUGCUUGCUGCCUUUAUGUAGUACUGACACUUCCACCUGGUUUACUUUUUUUAUUUAAUAACAGAGCCUAGAUUAAUCCUUAGUCAUAGCAAAUACGGCCAUUAAUUUAUUAGAAGGUAGAGGGUUUGUGACUAUAGCAAACUGAUAUAAAAUGAGAUGCAUUUUAUAAGCUGUACUGUGCUCUUUGGCCUCUUCUGUAGUCUUCCCAUGGGUUGACCUGGCAGACUCCAAGUCAAAACUUUGUUUCAGUGUUGUAAGUAACACUAGUUUCUGGGAUGAAAACUGUUGGAGCGGUUACCAAGCAACUUCACGCCCAUGGUGACAAUAAAGCCCUUUCUUUAAUCAGCUUCCUAUGAAUGUUCCCUGCUGUUAUUAAUGCUUGUAAAAACUAGUUGGAGGAAACUCCUCUUAAGUAUCCUGAGACACUAUAAGACAACUCUGGGAAAACCUUUCCUCCAGAAAAGUCAUCUUGCUGCUGGGAGGACAGGAACAGCACUGAGCUGUAGAGCUGAGUUUUCUUGAAAUGGUUAGGAAACUGAAGAUGCUUUUCUGCAGAAAAGAAUACCAUCUUGUUUUGAGGGUGACACAAAGGCUUUCCUGCUGUUGGUGCUUCAGAUAAAGAUAAGAUUUUAGGGAUAAAGCAGGGUUGUAAGAUGACUUCCUGUAGAACUCUUCCAAAAUUUGUGAAUGGGAAUUAAAAAAAAAAAAAAAAAAAGCAAACAUCCUUAUAUGCAGGUUAUCAGAAAAACUUCGUUCUGGCAAAUUCUAUGCUAACUUUAGUUAUGUAAGCUUUUGUUUGGGCAGGAGGUAAGUGGAGCUAACCUUUAUGUUGCUUUUAAUGACAAUCUUGAAAGCUUCCAUGCACUUAGCACUUGCACGUUUAUCUCUUCUGUCCUAGUAAUUUCUGAUUGAACUGAUGUGUGUGGAGGUUGUUUUUUUUUUUUGUUCUGUUUUUUAAUAAUGGGAGUUAAAUUCAGCAUUUUAGCAUUCGUUGAUAGAGCUGAGAGUACUUACUACAUAAUGAAAGAUGAAUAACUAACAUUUUGGACAGAUUAUUUUUCAUGAGAGGGAAGGACAAAGUUCAACACAUGACCUUCUGUUCUGAUGCUGGGAAGAUCACUUGGGGCACUACUGGGCUAGACUUUUCUAAACAGGUGAUGCUGAUAAAAUUCUGUGGAAUAAAAACAUUUCUCUAAACAACA